AUGUCAGGACUUAAGCCAAGCUCGCUGCCGAUCAUCGACAUUACGCCAUAUUUAGUUGGGCAUGAUAACGACGGCCGCCAAUCUGUUUCCGCUGCUAUCCACUCGGCUUGCGUCGAGUACGGUUUCUUCUACCUCGAUAUCUCCAAAUAUGUGGAUCCUUCCGAGCCAGAGGAGCUGACGCGACUAGCAAGGAAGUUCUUUGCCUUACCACAGGAGGAGAAGGAUAAGAUCAGCCUGAAGAACCAAGAUCUUGCCAGAGGUUAUGCCAGACUGAAAGAGAAUGUUACAAAUGGAAAAGCAGAUAAUCAUGAAGGGAUCGACUUUUAUCGUCUAGUGGAGAAUCCCGAUAAGACAAAACCGCUUUGGGGGGAAAAUCAGUGGCCUGUUGUUCCUGGUUUUCAAGAGAAGUAUAAUGUCUGGGUAGACAAGAUGAAAUCUCUGGGGUUGAUCGUAAUGGAAGCAAUGGCAAAUGGGCUUGGAAUGAGUCCAGAGGAGUGGAAAGGGUUACGUGCUCAGGUUGACGAUAGUUUCUGGGUCAUGCGUACUAUUGGAUAUCCACCGCUUCCAAAUGAUCACGAUGGAUUCUCAUGCGGUGCACACAAGGACUAUGGAUGUCUAACGUUUUUGUAUGCCGAUCCGACACCUUCCGCACUACAGGUAUUUUUACGAACACCAGGUGUGACUACAGUUCAGCAAGACGAUCUACCAUUAGAACAUGGUGGAGAGGAAGGCAUAUGGAUCAACGCAGAUCCGAUUCCGGGCUGUGUGGUGUGCAAUGUCGGUGAAAUGUGGGAGCUCUGGACAAAUGGCUUAUACAAGAGCACGUUGCAUCGAGUGGUGCAUCGAGGUUCAAAUUAUCGGAUCCCUUUCUUUUUCGAGCCCAACUUCAAUGCAAAUGUCGAACCUCUCGCUGCUGCGUUGCGUAUCCAACAAAGGGAAGCGAACCAGCCUACAGGUGCAUCGUCUUCCAACGAUAAGACCUACCGAUCUGUUAUAUAUGGAGAAUUCUUGAUGAAUAAGGUUGGAAACAAUUUUUCGGUAGAAGGGGGGAAGGGCAAGUACGAUCCAUGA